GUUCACACUUCGGCCUUAUAUUAAAAUCCCUAUCCUUUCCAAACAUAACCAAAGACACACACACGCCAUGGAAGACUUCAUGCUCUACGCAUUCCUUUCCCUUAUCAUCUUCUUCCUUGCAUUAAAGCUCCUCUCAACAGCACAACCUCACCAGAAAAACCUACCACCAAGCCCUCCUAAUUCUCUCCCAAUUAUUGGUCAUCUUCAUCUCCUUAAAUCCCCUGUUCAUCGAACCUUACACCGUCUCUCUCAAAAAUACGGCCCAGUAAUCACUCUCUGGUUCGGCUCUCGCCGCGUCGUUGUAGUAUCUUCGCCUAAGGCCGUCGAAGAAUGUUUUACAAAAAACGACAUCGUUCUUGCCAAUCGGCCCUCGCUCCUUAUGGGAAAGCAUGUUGGCUAUAACAACACCAAUCUCGUAUCAUCCCCGUACGGCGAUCACUGGCGCAACCUCCGCCGCAUUGGCUCGGCCGAAAUCUUCUCGUCGAGCCGGCUCAACAUGUUUUCCGACACUCGUAAGGACGAAAUUAUGUGCUUAUUGCGAAAGCUUUCGCGUAAUUCGGUCGAAGAUUUUGCGAAAGUGGAGCUGAAAUCGAUGCUUUUGGAGCUGACAAUAAACAACAUAAUGAGAAUGGUUGCAGGGAAGAGGUACUUUGGGGAAGAGGUCUCGGAAAAAGAUGAGGAAGCACGGCAUUUCAGAGAGAUCAUAGAAGAGGUUUUAGCUUAUGCAGGGGUGUCUCAUGCUGGGGAUUUCGUGCCCAUUUUGAAUUGGUUUGGUAAUGGUUAUGAAAAGGGUGUACAAAGGCUUGCAAAGUCCACUGAUUCUUUGCUGCAAAGUCUGAUUGAUGAGCAUCGAAGAAUGACUUCAGGGAGUAGAAAGACUAUGAUCGAUCAUUUGCUUUCUUUACAAAAAUCUGAGUCCCAAUAUUACACAGACCAAAUGAUCAAAGGAUUUAUACUGGUAAUGAUAAUGGCUGGAACAGAGACAUCUGCAGUGACAGUAGAAUGGGCAAUGUCCAAUCUGCUUAACCAUCCACAUAUCUUACAAAAGGCUAAAGCCGAACUAGAUGCUCAAGUUGGACAACAUCAAUUGGUGGACGAAUCAGAUCUUUCAAAACUACCUUAUCUCCAAAACAUUAUCUCCGAGACUCUUCGGCUACACCCAGCAGUGCCAUUGUUGCUUCCCCAUUUAUCGUCCGAUGACUGUACUAUAGGCAAAUACGACAUUCCACGUGACACUAUGCUAUUGGUUAAUGUCUGGGCCAUACACAAAGAUCCUAAACUUUGGGAAGACUCGGAAAGUUUUAAGCCCGAGAGAUUUGAGAAGGGUGAGACUGAGGCAUACAAGUUCAUUCCUUUCGGAUUUGGAAGGAGGUCUUGUCCAGGAAUGAGUCUGGCCCAACGUGUUGUGGGCUUGACCUUAGCUUCGAUGAUUCAGUGUUUUGAUUGGAAAAAAGUUGGCGACAGGGAAGUUGACAUGAUUGAAAGUGAUGGGCUAACCAUGCCCAAAGCUGUGCCAUUAGUGGCCAUGUGUAAAUCACGUGCCAUUAUUAAAAAUAUCAUUCCUUUAGAAUCUACUGGGGAAAGUUAAAUUAUGUAUUACCAAUUUAAUUGCAGGGCAUGUAUUUGUAAUAAAUAAUGAUAAUAAUAAAGAAUUUAUUGUAAUUAGUAUGGA